CCUGCGAUUACACACUUGCUAAGAAAUAAAUUUAGGUGUGUUGCGCAGAGUGGGGUCUUCAAAUUUAAAACCCAUUCGGAAAACAGUUGUGGAUUUCUCAGUUUGUGAGUAUUCAAGCUAGAAGAGUGAACGCGAGAUGAUUCGAGUGUAGAGCAUUGUUUUGGUGGUGAAUGUCGAUAUUGGGGUGGAUAAAAGUGAAUAACGAUGAAAAUCCUAGGAAUCGAAUUCGCCCCCCUGAACGUCCCCCUCGAACGCCGCCUGCAAACUCUCGCCGCCGCAGCAUGGUUCGUCGUCCUAGCUUUCGGUAGCUUCUUCGGAAUAAUCAUCACCGGUUACCUCUUCUUCACGUCCUACUGGUGGCUGUCCCUCCUCUAUCUCCUCUGGAUUUACAUCGACAGCAACACCUGCGAAGAAGGCGGCCGAUACAUCCCAUGGGUACAAAACCUGAAAUGGUGGUACUACCUCAAAAAGUACUUUCCCACACAACUCCAUUUAGUCCCCGACUUCACCCUCGACCCGAAACGCAAUUACCUCUUCUGUUGCUUUCCCCACGGGGUACUGCCCGUUGGUCCUUUCACCACCAUCCAAAGCCCCCACAGCGAAUUCCACAAGCUGUUCCCGAAUUUCAGCGUAAAGUUGGUCAUACUCUCACAAAAUUUCCUCAUGCCGUUGUUACGCGAACUUGCCUAUGGGUUAGGAUGCAUUUCGGCUUCCUCUAAAUCGUUGGACUACGUUUUGAGUAGUCCUGAAGGGGGACAAGUGGUUAUUUUGAUGCCUGGGGGAGCCGUGGAAGCUUAUAAUAGCCGUCCCGGACAGUACAAAUUCGUUGUGAAGAAUCGCAAAGGGUUUGUUAAAGUGGCUCUAAAGAACGGGUCACCGAUAGUUCCUGUUAUAUCGUUCGGGGAACCGGACUUGUUCGAUCAAGUGCAAGGGCCUACCAUUCGCAAGAUUCAGGAGUUUCUUAGGGGGAUUCUGGGAAUCGCUCCUGUGAUAUUUUCAGGAAGAGGGUUCUUCCAGUAUUCGUUUGGUGUGGUGCCGAGGAGGAAACCGAUAAAGACAGUUGUGGGGACGCCAAUUGAGCUUUCUAAGGUGGAAAAUCCAACUAGGGAGCAAAUUGAGGACUUGCACGGGAGGUUUAAACAAGAGUUAGUUAAGUUGUUUGAAGAGUACAAAUACAAAUUUUUGGAAAAUCCAGAAAAGACACAACUUGAGUUGGAGUAAGAGUUUAAGACUGUUUUGUUCGAUUAUUUUAUAUUAUGUUGUUGGCUUUAAAAUAAAGAAACUGUAGGCAACUACAGUUGCAUUUUUUGGAAA